CAAUAAUCAUACUUUUGAAAUCUGCUCCCUCUCUCUAACUUUACUCUCUUUGUAAACCAAACUAUUUUCCUUGGUUUCAAAGUCUUCCUUUCUUCAAUCAAUCAAUAUUGUUUUUAUUUUUCAUUUUUUUAAUCAUUCAAUUUCCCCCAUUUUUAACUCCAAAAUGGGAAACGAAACCCUAACGACGACAAAGAAAGCAGAAGUAAAGAAGGUGAGGAACAUCUGUUCUUCAUCAAUGGCAGAUUCGCAUCCUCGCUUUACAACUAGACCCUCCACAAAAAUGGCUAACAGCAGCAUGUGCAGGAACAAUUACAGCAAUAACUACGUACGUUUUGCUGGUAAGAUGUUGUUUUUCGCUUUCUUUCUCAUUGCAAUCCCAUCGUUCCCUUCCCAAGCUCCAGAUUUCGUGAACCAAACAAUAUUCAACAAGUUUUGGGAGCUUCUUCACCUUAUGUUCAUCGGCAUUGCUGUUUCUUAUGGUCUGUUUUGUCGUAGAAGUGUUGAUAAUGGUAAUCUUGAUGAUACCCAGUCGUAUGUUUCUGGGAUGUUCCAUGUUUCAUCUGUUUUUGAAGACGGUUUUAGUAAUUCGAUGUACUAUAGUGGACAGUGUAAUGCUGGGGAUUUUAAUGUUAAAAACGGUGGCUUUGAAAACUCUUACGAGGAAAAUGUUGUUCAAGCUUGGAGUUCUAAGUAUUUUCAAGGGGAACCCACGGUUGUGUUGGCUCAACCAAAUUGUGGUCUUGAAAAGUAUGGUGAGUCAAGUUCUUCUGUAGAUUAUAAACCUUUGGGGUUGCCUGUUAGGAGUUUAAGAUCCAGGGUUGCAAGGCGGGCUAAUCCUGAAUUUGGGAAUGGAUCAAGCAAACCUUCUGGUUCACAUAUGAAGGAUUCGUCACAAGGUUCUAAUGAGUGUAGAGAUAGGGGAUUUAGUGGUUUUGCUUCUGAAAAUUUGAAUGGGAAGUUAAAUGAGUGUGAUGUUUUACAUUUCCCGAUUACUCGGACGCCGAGAUCUGGAAGGAGGGGUGAGAGAGUUCAUAGUAAUGUCACGUAUCAAGGAUCCUACAAUUGCUCAAGUGAAUCUUCUGGUUCUCAAAUGAAUGAUUCGUCAGCUAGUUCCAAUAAGAGUAGAGGUAAGGGAUUAUAUGAUUUGGGCUCGGAAAAUUUGGAGAUAUCUAAUGAGGCUGAUGUUUUAGGUUCCUCAAAUUCUCAGCGUUUGAGAUCUGGAAGAACGAGAGUGAGAGUUCACAGUAAUGUCACAUAUGAAGGAUAUAGCCAUGGAUCAAGUGAAUCUUCAGGUUCACAAAUGAAGGAUUCGUCGGAUAGUUCUAAUAAGAGUGGAGGUAGGGCAUUUGGUGAUUUAGGUUCUGAAAAUUUGGAGAAAUUUGAUGAGAGUGAUGUUUUAGGUUCCCCGAUUCCUUGGCGUUCGAGAUCUGGAAGAAUGAGAGAGAGAAUUCAUUGUAAUGUCACUCGCCCUUCUCAUUUCAGGCCUCUAUCAGUUGAUGAAACACAAUUUGAAUCUCUCAAAUCACGGUCUCUACGAUCCACAGUUUCGUUCUCUUCCCAAGUUAGUUCACAGUCGCAGUCACCAAGUAACCUGUCUCCCUCACAUUCCAGUUCUUCAGAAUCACCAAAGUCCAAAAUGAGUGAAUUGGUGAAGGAAAGGAGUCCCCAUCAGUCUCUUCCGCCUACUUCACCAUCGGUACUGAAACCAAUGAGUAAUAAAGCUUCAGUGAAUGCAUCAUAUUCUCGGCAGUAUGGUGAUGGCUCGAUGUUGGGGACCCCUGCAAAGAAAUGCUUCAAGGAUGAAUUGAAGGAAUUAUGUAACAGAAAAAAGGACGAGUCAUUAGGUAGUAGAGAGCAGAUUUCUGGUUCCUUAAACUUUGAUGCAAAGCCUGCAGCACCCUCUAAAGCAUCCUCGAGAGGAAAGUCAGUUCGGACCUUUAGGACUUCCAGAGCUAGUGUCUAUACCACUUGUGCAAAGGAUGUGGAGGAAAGGCAAGAAGAUUAUACAAAGGGAAAGUCGAGAAUGGGUUCCGAUGAAAACAAAGAGGCUUACACAGGUGAAAGUGAGCCAAAAAUUGAAGGCCGUAAUAAUUUCACCAUUGGGUUAAACAGGCAGAACCUUGGAGGUGAAUCUCAUAUGCCUAAGCUUAUAUCCACUGAAAACCAAAAAAAAGAAAUACAUCUUCCAGAGAAUCCCGCUGCAGAGCCAGGAGAAGACUCGGAGAGAGAGAGUGACGAUUUUCAAGUAAACUCAGAUGAAGAAACCAUGUCCGGGAUUUUCAGUAUAGCGGGAUCUGAGGUCGAUAGGAAGGCCGGUGAGUUCAUAGCCAAGUUCAGAGAGCAGAUUAGGCUUCAGAGAGCAACAUCAGUGGAUACACCAAGAGGGCUCAACAUCACUGGUAACUAUUUCAGGUGAAAGUAGCUGUAAAUUUCUGAGAAGAGGGUAAUCGCUAUACUGAAAUUGAGGAUUCUUUAUUUUCUUAUCUAC